GUAUACCGCGUGUACAGCGGCAAGUCGCAAAAAGCUCCCGUUCGAAAUCGGUGCACACACACAACAAUUGUGCCAAAUAUCGUCCUCCUUUUUAAUACUUGCAGUAGUUUCAGUAGUUUCGGCGUAGCCGAUAGGUAGUAGUUACUUUAGUAGGAUAAUGGCUUUUUAGGUGUAAAUUUCAAAGUGAACCGAAACGAUCUCAUUCAUCUCCGAACACCUCGCAGUGCGUUUGCGGUGAGUAGUCCAUUUUCCGAAGGGAACUAAAAUUUAUCUCUGUGUGACAAAGGGUGCUCUCGGGAGUGUGUGUGUGCGAUUUUAAUAUGCGCAUAACGAUCAAUUUCGAUGGUUAUAUAUAAAAUUAUCGCAAUAAUAUUACUACAACAUUCUGAUAAUGGAACUUGGAGGGUAAAAUGUGCAGGAUGAGGCAACACAGUGCGGGGGGCAGCUAGCAGCGCGGGAGCCCCCCGGGCCCACUAUGACGCGCGCUAGAUAAUGAAGAAGCAAAACGUUCGCACGCUCUCUCUUAUCGUGUGUACCUUCACGUAUCUCCUAAUUGGCGCGGCUGUCUUUGACGCACUCGAAUCCACAGUAGAAAGCAAGCGAAAGGACGUACUUCAAGAAAUAGAGCAGAUCAUUCGUAGAAAGUACAAUAUAAGUGACGAGGACUUCCGAAUAAUGGAAACGGUGGUUCUCAAGUCGGAACCGCAUCGCGCUGGCAGACAAUGGAAGUUUGCUGGCGCUUUUUAUUAUGCUACUACUGUGCUAACCACUAUCGGAUAUGGCCAUUCCACGCCUACAACUAUCUCUGGAAAACUAUUCACCAUGUGUUAUGCCAUGAUCGGUAUUCCAUUGGGAUUAGUCAUGUUUCAAAGUAUUGGCGAAAGAGUUAAUAGGCUUAGUAGUGUGAUAAUUCGUUCUGUUAAAUCAUCUUUACGUUGCCGCCAAACAAACGCGUCAGAAUUGGAUUUAAUCUGCGUAGUAACAACAUUAAGUUCAUUAACGAUUGCCGGGGGAGCAGCCGCUUUUUCACGCUACGAAGGAUGGAGUUAUUUCGAUUCAGUUUAUUAUUGUUUCAUCACCCUUACAACAAUUGGAUUUGGAGAUAUGGUUGCUUUGCAAAAGGAUAGUGCUUUAAGCGAUAAACCGGAAUACGUUAUGUUUGCCCUUAUUUUUAUAUUGUUCGGAUUGGCGAUUGUGGCAGCUUCAUUAAAUUUGUUAGUACUUCGAUUUGUUACCAUGAAUACAGAAGAUGAACGUCGCGAUGAAGCGCAAGCAAUGCAAGCUUUGGCUGGAGCAGUGAGAUUAGAAGGUGAUGUUAUCACUGCAAAUGGAUCUAUAUUAAGCGGACAUUUAGGACAUAAUCAUUUUCCUGUUGAGACUGUUUCAAUAGACGAAGAUCAGUCAGUAUGUAGUUGUCAUUGUGGGUGUUUUCCUAGUGGAGGAAAAGGAUCUCAUCUUGGGUAUAGAUCUCCAACCCAAAUUCGGCACUUGCUUCCAGUUUUGCCGAUGCACGAACUUCAUCCUCCUCAAGGGCCUUUAAUAGCACAACCCGCUAUUUAUCCGAAUCACAGAGCCUCUAUAUGACGACUUGACUACAUCGAUUAUAGUUGAAUCGUGAUUGUGAUUAUCUAAGUAAUUAUUAGAACAUUAAGAGUUCACACAGACUAUUUAUCUAAAAUAUUGUGUAAGUUUUUUAACUUAGUUUUACUUUUUAGUUUUUAUUUUGUCGUUUUUGUUUCGAUUUAUUUGUCCGAACGAAAUGACAAGAAAUUUACUUAAAUGUUUUCAAUGAAUUGAUUCAAAUUUGAGGGAAAACAUUGGGAAAUUUUUAAUGCACGUUUAAGGUAAAAAUAAAAAUAAUUAACACAAUUUGUAAAACAUGGAAAACAGGGGUAUCUUAAAAAUAAUUUCUAAUUACGGGUUGUCGACACAUACAGCAAGUGAGAAAAGGGAACAAACUAACUAUUUGUAAUUGUCGAAUUAACUAGAUAUCAAAUUAUUACUUAAGAUACUUGCUCCUUCAUUUCUAUGAUGUUUAAAGUUUUACCAAAACGGAGGCGAUUAUUGAGGACGUAUAACGUGAAUGAGUGUUAAAUAUUGUUCUUAAUGAACAAUAACAUUCCAAUUGACAAUUUGGGACUGAUUUUAUAGUGCUUCCUAUAUUUGCAACGUUUCGAACUGUAACGUCUCCCGCUGGACAACCACAAAACCAGAAACCAACUGAAUGUCUUCUUCCUACUACUUAAAUCAGAACUGCUUAAGAGACUACAAUUAUUGAACUACUAUUAUCACUGAAAAUUUUUAUCUUCCUCAUUACACUAAUGAUAUUUUGUAUUCGUUCUGUAAGUUAGUUUAUAAGGUAAAUAAUAAUUUAACAUUGCCAAAAAAGCAACAUUUGUACCGAUGUAUUGUGUGUUUUAUCUAUUGUAUACGCUUGUUAUAGUUAGUGAGGCGUUUGUUAAACGUUUAUCUGGGUCUGAAAUGUUGUAGAUUUUAGAGUAAGUUUUAUACAAAAAAAAUGUUUUGACAUUAUAUUGUUCAUUAUUUAUUAUUGACAUAGUGUAAGAUAGGAAAACAGUGCUUGAUAACUCAUCUUAUGGUACAUAAGGUACUUCGUCUAUCGAUUAACCAAAAAAAAAAAAUUAUAAACAAAUAA